AUGAGUUAUCCAAUGCCCCAAAAGAGUAUAGGCCUUCUCGAAGAAGCCGCAAGGAUGGCUAGACUUAACCACCCAAAUAUAGUCAAGCUUAUUGCUGUCAGUAAAUUGUGUCAUUUACCGUCUUUCGUCCAAUGUUGGCUAUGGAAUGGUUGGCUGGGGGAAGUCUGGCAGAAUUUUUUAGAGAGGAAAUUAGAAUAUUUGCACGAAAAUCGAGAUAUUCAAGGAAAUGAUUUCACACAUGGGGAUGUUGCUGCUAGAAAUAUUUUGCUUAAUGAACGGAAUCUGGCUACCUGUAUUGCAAAACUAGGCGAUUUUGGAUUGCCUAUAGAUUUUGGGCCUCGGCUACCUAUCCCCUGGUUGCCCCCAGAAAUUGUUUGUUCAUUAGAUCAACAAAAUACAAAACAUCGACCGGAGAGUGAUGUUUGGAUGUUUGGAGUGCUUUGUUGGGAAUGCGCUACACUAGGGGCUGAACCGUAA